UUUGUCUUCAGGUAAACCUAGCUCAAAUCUUAAAAUUCACGGUGUCCCCAAAAUUUUGCAUAAGAAGAAAUAAUUUACCGUGUCACUUUUAACCUAAUUCACUCCUUUAACGAUAUUCAAUUCUCCAUAGAUCCUUUUUAAAAUACAUUUAUUCAGUUCUUAAUUUCUUUAGAUGUUUAAUAUAUUAUUGUAACUCCCGUACACCAGCAGUAGUAACUGGAAAAAUCUUUGACACGAAUGUAUUUUCUCUCAAAAAUGAAAAAUUCACUUUAGACUCUUCAUAACACCCCAAUUACAACCCAAGUAUAGAAUGUCUGCUGUUCCUGCUGGACCUCCAGGUAGUGGUACUGUUCCAAUCAACCCAUCACAAAGAUCUCCGUUGAUUAUUUCUGUUGCAAAUUUCUUAAAAGACAACAAAAUUUUAAAACAAAGAACUGGGUUAUUGAAUAAUACCGAAGAAGCUGAAUUUUUCAGAUUCAAGAGAUUACAAAGAGCCUUAUUGAGUGAUGAGUAUAAGAAACAGCAAAAGAACCCCAAGUACGAGUUGAUCCCGAUCAAAGAUGAGGAAGAGGCCAACAAAAUAUUCUUACAAUUACUUUCAUCCCAAAUGAUUAUACCAAUUGAUAAAUUACACUAUAGUGAAAUCAAACAAGUUAAAGGGUGGAAACCAAAUAGAUCCAAGCCAACUUUAAGACCAUCUAAAAAGGCCAGUUUUGAGCCAAAUGGCUAUUAUGUUUGGAAUUAUAAUAAACCAAAUCCAUUCAUUUUAUUAUAUAGUUUCUUAUUCAUUGCUGGUGUUUUUGCCAUUAUUUUAUUCCCAUUAUGGCCAAUGUUUAUGAGAAUUGGGGUUUGGUACUUAUCCAUGGGUUUGUUAUGUUUGAUUGGUUUAUUCUUUUUAAUUGCCAUCAUCAGAUUAAUUAUAUUUGCAAUCACUUAUCUUGUAUUACCUCAAGCAUUUUGGUUAUACCCUAACUUAUUUGAGGACUGCAGUGUCAUCGAGAGCUUCAAACCUUUGUAUGCUUGGGACCAACCUAAAUCCAGUAAAAAGAAGUCUAAGAAAUCAAAAGGUGGUUUGUCUGAGUCUUCUGAUUCUUCUACAUCUGCUACUGCUACUGGUUCUGAUUCUACCGGUUCUGGUUCAACUACAAAACGUAAGGUUGUUUUAGAAGAAGUCGAUGAGUAAUCUUUUCUGUCUAUAUCAUGUAUACUAAUGUUCAUUCUUGAAAUGUAACUCAAUAGAAUAUGCUUUAUUUAAAAUGGAGUAUUUGUUUAGUUGUAAUUGCGAUAGCGUAUUCUCACUGUUUGUCUCUUUUUUUAGAGUAAAAUUAAGUGACCGUGUAGAUCGCAUCCUUACUUCCUUACAGUCGAACCUAACAACCUGUCUUGAGUCGAGUUUCUAUUCUUUGUUAAGGUUGAGGUGGUAUAUUCAGU